CGCUCAAUCUGAGAGAGUUCAUUUGCAAUUAUCAUCAUGGAAGAAGACAAAGAAAUACUCAAGAGGCCGUGGGACACCUGUCGAGAGGUUCCCAUCAUUGAAGAUGAGCAAACGCCCUGGAAACUAAUCAAACUACUAAAGAUCAUCUGUCUUUUUUUAGUUGCCCUGAUUGUGUUUGGAUUGGCCGUAUGUAGCAAGACUUCUUUCCUCCUCCUCAUCACCUUUGCCAAUGAAGGAACACAGACGAUCCCAGCAGAGCAGAAACCUGUCGCUCUCCUGUGUAUCGGCUGCUCUAUCAUCGCUUCCAGUGUCUUUCUGUUUCUCAAAAGCAUCUGGAAGGCAUGUUACAAAACAUCAAAGCUGCCAUGGAAAAGCACUGCUGCCCUCGUUCUGUUCUUCGAGUUUGUGGUGUCUGGAGGUGCAGCAAUUCUCACCAUCGUGGCGAUGCCGCACUUGGACAUUGUGACCAAUGUGACGAUCCUGAACGGUGUAGCUGUCCUCUCUGCGCUCCUACAGGUGGUCGCUCAGUGUACUGCCAAGGAAAGGAACCGCUUCCUGCUUCCCUCCAUCGCUGCCUUCAUCCUCAUCUUGAUCGGUUAUGUCCUGUUCCUCACUUUAUACAUCAUGAAAGAUCCUACUGAUAUCAAGAUGAUCAUUUGGGUGGGUCUGGCUGUUGGGGGGGCCUUCUUGGUGUCUUUCAACUGGUGGGAGAACUACUUCAGAUUGAUUGGCGAGAACAGCAGCUCCGUCUUCCUCAAAAUCCUCUCCGAAGACAUGAGGAGAGCCCAGAACAUCCUGCACAUCCUCUCCAGCCUGCUCAGGAUUGUGGUGACCGGUUGCGUGCUGGGAGCCUACGUCCCUCUGUACAAAAUGGACUGGGAGGUGGUGAAAUCCAUCCCGAGCCGUGAGACAAGGAUUAUAGCCAUCACCGUUGGGGUCCAGCUGAUCUCUUCAGCUCUCUGCCACUGGUUCGCUGUUGCAGCCUGCAAGAUGCACGCCCUGCGACGAUGCUUCAUCCUGCCUCUCUACCUGGCCUCUCUGGCUGUUAUGGCUCUGCUCGUCAUCCCUGUCAUUGUUUACUAUCAGGAAUACAGAAUAAGCCUGAAUGGGACUGAAAGCAUCAACUUCACAAGAUACUGCAAUGUGGUUGUUGAUGGAAGAAACCAAGACCUGAACGGCAGCGUGUUCUCAGAACUGGUUUUGGAUGUUACACACACUCUGUGCUUCCUGGACAUGUCCAAAGUAACUGACAUUGGCAUGCUGACAGGUUCAGCAGUCGCCUGGUGGCUUGGGCUUGUGUUGGCCACUCUCCACCUGUGGUACCUCAAUUUGUAUCGUAUCCAGAGAACCCAAGACCUGUUCGUCAGGCGGUUGUAUGAAGGAGCCUUUAUUGAGCAGUCCCUGCUACUCAACACCCGGUUCGACAUACAGACCAGAAACAGGAAGAAGAAUUCCAGGGCGUUUGAUACGGCGAUGGUGUAUCUGUGUGCGACCAUGUGGCAUGAGACCUACGAUGAAAUGAUGAAUAUCAUCAUCUCAAUAUUCAGACUGGACAGGUACAGACCAAGGACUGAAGAGUCAAAGAGCCAAGAUUUCACCUUCGAAGCCCAUAUCUACUUUGAUGAUGCGUUCGAAGGCGCUGGUGGGGGUCAGGAGCGUCACCUCAACGAAUAUUCGAAGAACCUUGUGGAAAUCAUCAAAGAAGUCUAUAGCAUCUUCACAAACAUCGAUGGUAAGCUCUUCAAAAGGCAGCAGCAGAUCCCCGAUCAGAAGGUGAUCAGGACACCGUAUGGAGGUCGUCUUGUCAUCACCAUGCCUCACGGGAACAACAUCACGGUGCACUACAAGGACAAAGAGCUCAUCCGCCACAAGAAAAGAUGGUCUCAGGUCAUGUACCUUUACUAUCUCCUGGGCUGGAAACUCAUGACCAAAUAUUAUGCUCGCUGGCAGAAAUGCAGGGAAGAGAAGGACCUGAAAGACGAGAUCGAGAAAGAGAAGCACAACACCUACAUCCUGGCUUUGGAUGGCGACACAGACUUCCAGCCGCCUGCUGUGAUGCUGCUCAUUGAUCGUCUGAGAAAUUACCCACGUGUCGGGGCAGCGUGUGGCAGGAUUCACCCCACUGGAUCAGGUCCUGCAGUGUGGUUCCAGAAGUUUGAGUACGCUGUUAGUCACUGGCUGCAGAAGACAGCGGAGCACGUGUUUGGCUCUGUGCUGUGCAGCCCCGGCUGCUUCAGUCUGUUCAGAGCAAAGGCGCUGAUGGACGACAACGUGAUGAGGAGAUACUCCACUAAAUCCAUGGAGGCAAGCCACUACAUCCAGUAUGACCAAGGUGAGGACCGCUGGCUCUGCACUCUGCUGCUGAAGCAGGGAUGGAGAGUGGAAUACAACGCCGCAUCUGAUGCCUACACCAACGCACCUGAAGACUUCAAAGAACUCUACAAUCAGCGUCGGCGAUGGGGACCAUCCACAAUGGCCAACGUUGUGGAUCUAUUGGGCUCCACCAGCAUGAUCUCCAAGAGGAACCCAUCCAUGUCGAAACCCUUCAUGUUCUACCAGCUGUUCGCCAUGAUCUCCGCCAUUCUGGCGCCAGCUACCAUCUGCCUUUUGGUUGCUGGUAGUUUGGCCUUCAUCCUUAAAAUUCAUGCUGCUGUUGCUCUGGUCCUAGCCGUGAUACCACCAUCCAUCUACCUGAUCAUUUGCUUCAAGGUCAAGGCAGACAUUCAGAUCACUAUUGCAGCAGUCAUGAGUAUCAUAUAUGCCUUCCUCAUGUUGGUGGUGACGAUGUCCAUUAUAGGCUCAAUGGUGAAGGACAAAACCAUCCUGACACCCAGCAGCAUGUUUAUCAUCGUCAUGGCCAUGAUUUAUGUCAUCACUGCUAUCAUGCAUCCUCAGGAGUUCCCCCUAGUGUUCUACGGCUUUCUCUACAUCCUCUGCAUCCCCAGCGCCUACCUCCUGCUCACCAUCUACUCCAUGGUCAACAUGAACAAUGUGUCCUGGGGCACCAGGGAGACGAAACCUGCUGCCGGGGCUCCAACAGCUGCAGCGACGAACUCGCAAACAACAGCACAGAAAGCCAAAAACUUCUUCCAGCAGUACUUCUCGUGUGUUAAAUGUAAAAGAUCCAGCCAGAGGUCUCAAGGACAACAGCUCACUGUUAACCAGGAGAACAUGAUCCCAGAGUCUGCAGAGCCUGAACCCCGAAACACAAUUGUAGACGAUGAAAGGAUCACAGAGGAAGAGCAGGGGCUAGUGCCACCGGUUUUUGAUGCUUCUACCCAAUGUUGGGUCACAGAACUACAGGAGUUGUCCAGUGAAAUGCCACUGCAGGAGGACUCACUCGACCAGGAGGAGCAUCACUUCUGGGAAGAGCUUCAGGAGAAGUACCUGAAACCUCUGCCCGAUGACAAACAGAGACAGAAAAAGGUCGCCAGUGACCUGAGGGAGCUGAGAAACAAGAUCAACUUUGCCUUCUUCAUCUUGAAUGCCCUGUGGCUGGUGGCGACCUUCACCCUCCAGAUCUUCGAGGCCACCUUCUCCAUCAGGAUCCCAAAGGUCGACUUCAACCUCGAGGAAACCGGAGAAGACGUUCAAAUCGAUCCCAUUGCCUUCAUGUUCAUCCUGGGGUUUGCCACAUCGGUCGUGAUCCAGUUCUUUGGCAUGCUGUACCACAGAAUCUACACCCUGAUCCAUUAUGUAGCCUUUCUGGACACCGUACCCCGGGAGCGAAAAUAUGAUGCAGACGCAUAUAAGAUAGGAAAAAAGGCUGAUAUCGACCCCAGGUCCGACUCCAAUAUGCCCCCCAACUCCAACUUACACUCUGAGUUCAACUCCAGCACCAGUUCCUUCUCCCAUGACGACUUUGACCUUGAGGACAGUGAAGAUGAGUUUGCCUUAAGCUUUAACAGUCAAGAUGAAGGGACGAUGGUGUGAACACACACUCUCUGCAUACCCAAAACCUUUUAGCACUUUGAAAUCUCCAAAGCAUGUGAGAGGUCACUAAAAAUCUCUUUAUUAUGUGUAUUAUUUGUGUAAUGUUUACAUCUAUUCAAGUGCAAUUUAUUUAUAAAAACUUGCCACAAAGUGCUUUGCAGAAAGCACAUUUACAGUGACACACACGAUUAAUUUAAAAACAAUUCAGGGACAGAGCAAGAGUGAACCAAUCUGUAAAAAAAUUGAUUGAGUGUGUGCAUAUGUGUGGUGUGUGCAAAUGAAGCAACCAGACAACAUCAUAUCAGUAAAUGUAACAUUGUGAAUGCUAUUUAUGAAGGAUCUGUUAUGUUAUGUUUCACUGUAUGUUGCACUGUAAUGUGAAGAGGAACAAAUGAAGUUUAGAAACAGUAACAGACUGUGAAGAGUAAUGACACUGUUCUGCCCUUACUGUCAAUCGCUUGUAAUCAUGAUAGAAAUAUAAUUAUCAGAGUAGUUUUUAAAAUUUCUUGGAUAAACAUGUAAGUUUAAAACCAAAUAUGUAAAGUGUUGGCUGCCUUAACUGCAGAGAGUUGUUCUCCGAUAGGGAAAGCGCUGGUGAUCAGAGGAGGCAUAUGCCUUUUAUUGUUUGUAUUUAUUUUAGAAUGAAUGAGACAAAAGUCUAAUUAACCAAGGUAAAAUUGUUUCUAUGCUGCGUAAUUUUACCUUUUUAAAGCAAUAAUGAGCGCUGCCUGUUUCGUUGUAUGUUCUCUAAAAAAUACCAGAUGAAUAAAAUAUUUUUGCGAUAUCUUAGCUGUUUUUUGUUCUAAAUGCUGUAAGAAAGAAAACUGUACAGUAGUAAAUGUGUUUUUUAUAUUUAAGAGGAAAGAAAGAAUGUGUCAGCACCUUUUAGUGUUUUAUCGGAUCAUCUAAGAGUUGACACCCUCUCAUUCUAUCUUCCUCGUGUGUGAGACUACGCCUCGUAAUAGGUGUGUAGUCAAAGAACAAGCAGCUCAUACAUUGUAAUUAAAAAAUAUUUUCAUGCACACACUCAUCUGUACUUCUUUGAGAAUGUUUUGACAUUUUAAAUGUGACUGAUGUGAAUUAAAAACAGAUUAGACAUUA